AUGUCCAGGCAGCUGGAUCGCCAGACGAAGGAGCAGUGGGAGACAUCCCUAGGCGCCACACGCGAGUAUCCGCGAUUCGACCAGCUCGAGCAAUUCCUCACCUCUCGAGCACGGGCACUCGAGAGGAUUGAGUCUACGGCCAGCUCUGGAAGCUCGGCAGGGGUUGCUUCAACAGCACGGCGCUCCUCGACGGCUCGUCAUGCGGCAGCUCAACCGGCACGCACUACGACAUCAGACGGCUCAACGGUGUACCCGUGCGACUGCUGCAACGGCACGCACUUCGUGGUGACGUGCCUUAAAUUCAGGGAACUCUCACCGGGCGAUCGACAAAAAGCUCACGGGGGUGCAAGAAGUGCACCAACCGACAUCAUACGAUGCUGCAUGAGGCACAUCAGACCGACUCAUCAGCGAAGCCAACCACCAGCUCAGCCUCAGCAUCCCAAUAGGACAAUGGUGCAAUCGUCGCUCACUCAUCUUUGGCCCACUCAUCACACUCAACAUUACUCGCUACGGCCCUGGCUUAGAUCAGCUCAUCGGUUAAUACUCAGCACGUAUGGCUUCUCAUCGAUACAGCUCAACAUUCUUCGUCAUCAUUCUGUCAUUCUCAUUACCGGAAUUGGUGGCGGAAAGUCCACGCAAACUCGAGGAGUUGCAUUCCUCAAGCUCCGCUCACUUCGCUCAAGAUCAGACGUCAUUAUUCAAGCUCACAUUCUGAAGACGUUAACAAACAUCCUACCAUCAUUCAACGCUGCACCCCAGGAAUGGCCGCAUCUCACCAAGUUAACCUUGGCUGAUCCAGAUUUUCUGACACCACGGCCAGUGGAUAUUAUCAUUGGAGCUGACUCAUAUGGGCAGAUCAUCAAGCCCAACAUCAUUAAACGAGAUACAUUGAUGCCAAUUGCGCAGCUCUCAAUUUUCGGAUGGCUCGUUCUCGGACCUGUCGACACAUCAUCAUCGGCAUCUGCUGCAGUGCAUCAUGCAUCGAUUCAGGAGAGGGAACAUGCUCUCGACGAGUUACUGUCGAGAUUUUGGACACAGGAAGAAGUGCCUGCGAGCAACAAUCUUGAUCUUACUUCUGACGAGCAAAGAUGUAAAGAACAUUUCAAGAAAUAUCGAGAUUUCAAUCACAUGAAGAAAGCUUCACCCGUUUCCAGUCAGCACACGCAAUAUUAUUUGCCACAUCACGGAGUGCUCAAACCAUACAGUGCAACCACGAAAUUACGUGUGGUAUUCAAUGGCUCGAGCGCAUCUACAUCUGGCCGCUCACUUAAUGAUUUCAUGCACACGGGAGCCAAGUUGCAUUUAGACGUCACUGAUGUCUUGCUCUGGAUUCGACAAUUUCGACACCUAGUUGCCACGGACAUCACCAAGAUGUAUAGACAGAUCAACGUGUAUAAGGAUGACUGGAAUUUACAAAGGAUUCUAUGGAUCGACGAACUGCUCAAUGAAGUGGCAUAUUAUCUAACCACGGUCACGUAUGACACCAAGGCUGCCCCGUUCUUGACAGUACAAACGCUGCUGCAACUGGCGGAGGACGAAGGCCAUAAUUUUCCUCUUGCAGUGCCGUCCAUCCUUCAAGGUCGAUACGUCGACGACAGCUUUGGAGGCGUUGACACUGUCCAACAGCUAAUCAAAAUUGCAUUGCAACUAAAGAACUUGUGCAUGGCGGGCGGUUUUCCAUUGGCCAAGUGGCACGCGACUCAUCCAGACGUGCUCACUGCGGUUCAAGCAGAAAAGACCAGGGCUCACAAAUUACAUUUGACGAUUGCGUUACCAAAAUACUCGGAUUACGAUGGCUUCCUCAAGAAGAUUCAUUCGCAUUCUCAACAAGGAUCUCGUCGCACACCGAUCAUCUCACCAAACGCCUCGUUUUGUUUGAAGUGGCUCAGAUAUUUGAUCCACUAG